UUCACCGCGCUCUCUGUUGUUGUUAUGUCGGUGUGCUGCCUUCAUACAAACAGACAGAUAUUUUUCUAAGAGAGAGAAAUACAGAUUUUGAAUCAGUUCAGUAAAUACCUGUAACAUCCUCACAUCCGUGAGUUUUGAAGCGAGCAGGAAUAUCUGGGGGAGUAACGUUAAGAUGUGAAGAUGGAGUUUGUGAAAGAGGAGAGAGAAGAGAACACGAGUGAACCAGAAACCAGCACAAUAAAACACGAGGAAACAGAAAUAAAACACGAGGAACCAGAAUUAAAACACGAGGAACCAGAAACCUGGAGAAUAAAACACGAGGAACCAGAAACCUGGAGAAUAAAACAAGAGGAACAAGUAGAGUACAUUGAAGAGGAAAAUGAAGAACCAAAUCAUCAAGAGAAGCAGCAUGCAUGUGAUCAAUGCGGUAAAAUGUUUUUAUGGGCUUCACUUCUGAAGAAACACUUGAAAGUUCAUGCAAAGAAGAAGCCACAUUCAUGUCAUUUGUGUGGUGAGAGUUUUUUGCAUCUACAAAGUUUGAAAGAACAUCUUCAGAUAAAACAUACUGGCGUGAGAGAGUAUGUGUGCUCUGAGUGUGAAAAGACUUUUAGUUCACCAAGCAGUUUAAAACUGCACGAGAGGAUUCACACUGGAGAGAAACCUUACAAGUGUUCACACUGUGACAAGAGAUUCAGUCGGUUAGCACAUCUGAAAACACAUGAGAGGAUUCACACUGGAGAGAAACCUUACAAGUGUUCACACUGUGACAAGAGAUUCAGUGAUUCGACACAUCUGAAAAGACAUGAGAGGAUCCACACUGGAGAGAAACCUUACAAGUGUUCAAACUGUGACAAGAGAUUCAGUGUGUCAUCAAGUCUGAAAAAACACGAGAGGAUUCACACUGGAGAGAAACCUUAUAAGUGUUCACACUGUGUCUGGAGAUUCAGUCAUCCAUCAAAUCUGAAAAAACAUGAGAGGAUCCACACUGGAGAGAAACCUUACAAGUGUUCACACUGUGACAAGAGAUUCAGUCGGUUAACACAUCUAAAAAAACAUGAGAGGAUCCACACUGGAGAGAAACCUUACACGUGUUCAAACUGUGACAAGAGAUUCAGUCAAUCAUCAAAUCUGAAUAAACAUGAGAGGAUCCACACUGGAGAGAAACCUUACAACUGUUCACACUGUGACAAGAGAUUCAGUGAUUUUUCAAGUCUGAAAAAACACGAGAGGCUUCACACCGGAGAGAAACCUUAUAAGUGUUCACACUGUGACAAGAGAUUCAGUCGGUUAACACAUCUGAAAACACAUGAGAGGAUCCACACUGGAGAGAAACCUUACAAGUGUUCACACUGUGACAAGAGAUUCAGUCAAUCAUCAAGUCUGAAAACACAUGAGAGGAUUCACACUGGAGAGAAACCUUACAAGUGUUCACACUGUGACAAGAGAUUCAGUCAGUCAAUAAAGCUGAAAAGACAUGAGAGGAUUCACACUGGAUAGAAAGCACAUCACCUCAAUGUACGGGAGAAGUGUUCCUUUAUGUCAUCUGUUACAUACAGUCAAACAAAAAACAAUCACAGUAAGGCCCCGUACACGCGGAGACACAUUUAGUUGUAUAUGUAAAUAUUUUGUAUGGUAUAUGUUUCCUCCAGACGGAUCCAGCAUUUUGGUAGAGUGAAUUAAUUUUUUUUAAACUAGGUUCCAGAGUGGAUAAAUCUGAAAAUGACACCUUUUUUGCUUUUGUGUUCUGCCAAUCCAUAUAUUUUGUUAAACAAUGAUGUCAUCAACCCACUUCUCUACUAUAGUCAGACACCGCUAGGUCAUGUAACACCAACAACAAUGGAGGACUACAUGUUUGUGUUCAUGCUGCAGAAGCUACUGCGCCUAUAAGCUUGACUAAACUUACUAGUAGAGCAGCACGAUAUUGGAAAAAACAACACACAUUGUGAUAAUGUUUCUCAGCAAUGUAUAUUGAGAAAUGGAAAAAAAUCACCAGAUGACUUGAACAGCUCUAUUUGAGGAAAAAAUUAAUGAUUGGGGUGAUUUUGUUGUUGAAUAAAUCAGCUAGUUUUAUAAUCUAGAGAUUGUAAAAAAUAUGUAGCACACGCAUUGUCAAGUCAAGUACCAGUGGAUUACAGACUUGCUCCCGCGAGACCUGAUGCAACAGAGAGCGGCGCGGGACAAGACUUGUGUGUGUGCAGGAUGCUGGAAAAUAAAAAAAGAAGUAUCUAAACAUAAAAAAUCUAAAACAAAUAAAUUGUUAUUCAUCUAUUACACAAAAGCAAAAUGAACUCAUAUAAAAAAUAAACAAUUAACAGGUGCAAGCGUAUGCAGAGCUUCUAUUUAGGCUAUAACAGGGAUUGGUUUAUUGCACGAUGAGAUUGAUGCAAGCACACCUUUUGUGAAUAAAAGUUUAAUUUCGGCUAAGCGAGUUAAUAAUAUAUUAAUAAAAGUUCAAAGUUUAAUAUGAGCGAAUUUGUCAUCGUACUGUUUUAGCAUGUUUUGUUGUUAAAAAUUAUAGGCUAACGAUGAGUCACAAAUUAAGUAUUCGUUUGAAGUAAGAGGAAAAUGUAGAUUCAUAUUCACGUAUAUUCCGACAUAGUUUUGCACAUAGGCUGUGUCAUUUCAGGCAAAAAUUGAGAUGGAGGUGAGCAUAAUUCAGUGUCCACACACAUCUGCGUGGCUCUCACAGUGUCUACACCAUAUGCCAGCGGCGCAACAACAUGCAAUAGACCCCAUUAUAAUCAGUGAUGCUGUUUACAGUAGAUGUGGUGCUACGUGACAAAUCGCAGAGAGUAAUUCAGUUCAAGCAAAAAGCACAAAACCUGAUUCAUAUUUAUAAAUCCAGCAGCUCAUUAACCUUUAGUAAUCCUUGGUGUAUUUUAUAGUUAUUAUUAUUAGAAUUCAUAUUAUUAUUUUCCUAUCAGUAUUUUUGUUAGUUUUUUCCCAUUUUUGUCAAAAAUUGAAUGACAGAAAAAACAACUACCUCUCAAGUUAAAAUUCAGUUUGUUAAAAUUCAGUUUGUUAAAGUUCAGUUUGAUGAAAUUCAGUUUGUUAAAGUUCAGUUUGAUGAAUAAUGAGUAAUAUGCAUUCAAACAUGGUUAUCAAAUUUACUUCUAAUUGCUUAAGUUAUGUUAAAUAAUACUUGAUUAUUAUAAAGCUUGACUGUAAAAGAAUUUCUCAGUGUGGUUCAAUAAAGUAAU